AUGUUAGCUCAGUGCAUUAAUGUUAACAGAUGCAAACCUGAAGUACUUCAAUUUCUGUGUCGGUACAGUAGUCCGUCUGUUUGUUGUAGUGAUUCCGACUGUUUUCCAGGUGCAGUAAUUGAGUUUUUGGAUCCCCAGCAGCCGGUUGUGGCUCGUGUCGGAGAAGGCGCUCGACUGCACUGCCGUUUCAGAAGCUCCGGGCCGGUGGCUUUCUGCUGGAUUCGUGACAGAGAAAAGGUCGUGUUCGAAGGCCCACGAGCGAGUGUGGAGAGCAGCAGCAGUAGCAGCACCCUGGUUCUCUCCAAGGUUCUUCCUGUAGACGCAGGACGUUAUUCUCUUUUUGUUCGUAACCGAGGUGGAACGGCUCACUGGACCGCAAGCCUCAGUGUCAUUGAUUGUCCCGACCCUCCAGCCUCGUGUCCGUUCGUGUCCCAGCUGACCUGCAGGUCUCUGGUUCUGUCGUGGUCUGGGCCGAGCUUCGACGGAGGAUCUGCCGUCACUGCAUACGUGGUGGAGCGUCAGAGACUGGACCAACAGGAGCCCGGGGACUGGACUGUACUCACUGACCAGUGUCAGAACACCUCGUAUCGGGUCCGCUCUGGUCUCGACCCGCAGGGACAGUAUCGCUUCAGAGUACGUGCCUGCAACGCAGUGGGAGUCAGUGACCCCAGUGAGGAGUCGGACCGCAUUAAGAUGAACACUGCAGUUGAGCCACAACAGGAAGUGACCUCAUAUGUGGAUGUUGUGAUUGACACCACACAUAAAGCCAGGGAUCAUUAUCAUGUCCAUGAAAAACUGGGAAUGGGGAAGUUUGGGGAAGUGUUCAGGAUGACCCAUAAGCAGACGGGUCGGGUGUGUGCGGGUAAAAUCUACCGGGCCCGUGUCUCCAGAGACAAAAUGGCAGCGCGACAAGAAAUCAAGCUGAUGAACGAACUACGCCACUCGAAGCUGGUGCAGUGUCUCGCAGCCUACGACACGCCGUCUGAGAUAGUCAUGGUUCUGGAGUAUAUUGCAGGCGGUGAGCUGUUUGAACGGAUUGUAGAUGAGAAUUUCGAGCACACCGAACCCAACAGUGUGAACUACAUGCGUCAGAUCCUGGAAGGAGUCCAGUAUAUGCAUCGCAAACGCAUCAUUCACCUCGACCUCAAGCCAGAGAACAUCGUCUGUGUGAACGGCACUGGGACGCUCAUCAAAAUCAUUGACUUUGGAUUGGCCCGCAAACUGGAGCCUGGGAAACAUCUGAUGGUGUUUCAUGGGACUCCAGAGUUUGUGGCCCCAGAGGUCAUCAAUUAUGAACCUGUAGAUCUGGCCACUGACUUGUGGAGCAUCGGCGUCAUCUGCUAUAUUCUACUGAGUGGCGAGUCUCCAUUCCAGGGAAACAGUGAUCCGGAAACCUUGGCUCUGGUCACUGCAGCACAAUGGGAGUUUGACCCUGAGAGUUUUGAUGAUAUCACGGAUGAGGCCAAGGAUUUCAUCAGCGGCCUAUUGAUGAAGGAUACGAGAACAAGACUGUCCUGUGAGAAGGCUUUAGCUCAUCCCUGGAUAGCAUUAUUUGACGACUCAAACUCAAGAUCAACUAAAUCCCUUAACAAAGACAAGAUGAGAAGAUUCCUGGCCCGACAGAAAUGGAGGAAAACCGGUAAAGCCCUGCUUGCACUAAAGAGGAUGGCUCGAUGCAGCAAAUCUGAUGGCACGCAUUCUCCCAUUGCAGUAGAUGAGCUAGCUCUGGGAAAAGAGGCUGAACAAGCUGUAGCGUCACUGGAGAAACAGCUGCUGACUGAACCACGUUUCCACCGAGCCCUGCGUGACCUAACCGAGAGCCGUGGAGCCACAGUCAACCUGGCCUGUACAAUACAUGGAUAUCCUGAUCCUGAAGUGACCUGGCUGUUUGAUGAGGCGCCGCUGGAGAAGUCCGGACGAGUUCAGAUGAGUUAUGAAAAUAACGGCGUUUGCACGCUCACCCUUGCUCACAUACAACCAGGGGAUUCUGGGAUCUACAAAUGCUGUGCAUCCAACAGCCUAGGACAGGCGCUGUGUUCAGCCAGACUCACUGUGGGACUCUAGAACGUGGAUUUCUGAAGUGGGACACAACUGAGAGAAUUUUAGGAACCACGUGCAAAAUUUGUUGGAACAAAAACACUUUAAAACCAUUUUAUCAAAUGUCUGAGGUCACUGAGAUGCUGUUGUAAUUCACAAUUUCUGAUUUGUUCUAUUGUUGUUUUUUCAGUCACAGUUUUACCACACACCCUUAUUCAUAUUAUCCCUUAUUAUAGUAUGACAUUUACUAGUUUGAGCAUUGUUUAUCUACAGAAGUUGGACAUGGUAUUUAAUACAGAGAAAGACAUUUUUAAAAAGUUACAUUUGUUGUACAUGCAUAUGUGUAUAUAUGAAGAAUGAAUGCAUUAAAGUUUUAUAAAAUUAA